CCUGACUAAUUCUGUCACGCGUUCUUUUAUUACUAUUCUUUUUCUACGUACUUAGUUAAUGUUCAUCACUUAUCGACUUUGGUAUUAAAUUUUUACUUACAUUGUAUCUUGUAAAUUUCACUCAUGAUUGUUUAUUAAUACUUUUGGGUCGGUAUUUAAAGUACUGUAAAAAAUGAUGAGUGACGACGACCGCGACAUUGAUAUCGAAAGUGAUGCUGAAAAUGACUCAGAUUCUCGUACACACGCUAGAAAUAACCUUAGUGGCAGUGGCUAUUUUUCUCAGGCUGAGAAAAGAGCCCACCAUAAUGCUUUGGAAAGGAAACGGAGAGACCACAUAAAGGAUAGUUUUACAUCUUUAAGAGAAUCUGUGCCAGCUCUUCAAAAUGAGAAAGUGGCAAGUCGAGCUCAGAUCCUUAAGAAGGCUGCAGAAUACAUACAAUUCAUGAGGCGGAAAAAUAACUCUCACCAGCAGGACAUUGAGGAUUUGAAGAGACAGAAUACAAUCCUUGAAACACAAAUUCGUGCCCUCGAAAAGGCCCGAGCAACAGGCAACUAUGUGGACCCGCACGAGUUGGGUCUUGGCAUAAAGUCAGAAGGUAGUUCCCACGAUACAGACAGUUCUGAUGGUGAGGGUACAACACGUAGAGUGAAAAAACUUAAAAUAAACGGAGUUAAUGUGUAAUUAUGUGAGCCUUCAAGAAACAAUAGUUAUACAGAAUUCAAGUUUGAGAUGGUUCUGCUUUGACAUUUUUUUUGUUUUUUUUUUUUACUACUGAUGAGUCCCGCGAUUGAUCACACUCUCAAUUGAUAAUGUUGUCUAAAUUGGAACUCGCGGACUCACAAAUAGCCUAUUGACAUUUUAUUGUUUAUCACAUUACGUAUUAAUUUUAUAUUUACUGAUGGAGUAUAUUUAUUUCACUACACGUGUUUACAAUAUACUUAUUUAAUAAACACAACGUUAUAGCUCUAGUCCCUAUUUUAUUUGGCAAUUGGUCAUUUUCUUAUUCUAUGAAAAUAAAUUUUAUGUCUAUGUCAAGUAUGAAUCAUUGGAUGUAAACAGUUUUUUAAGUCUACAGAAUAAUAACACCUAGGUACCUAAUUUUUGUAAGAUUUUAAAUUUAAAUAUUUUUUAUUAAUGCAAUUAAUUAUGGCAAGAGUGUAAUAAAUGUCAAAAUUUUUUAUUAAAAUGGCAAUUGUUUUUACAUAAUAGUACCAGAAAAUUAAUUUUGUAGUAAAGGGUUUUCAUUGUGAUAUAAAACUCUGAAUUAGUAAUUUAAAAUAUAAAUUUUAGACAUCAAAUAAAUAAUUGCAUUAUAAGAAUAUUUAAUAUUAAGUGAAAAAUAAGUAUAUUACAUUUAAGACUGUCUUCUUGAACAUGUAGUAUUGUAAUGGUUGAUAUUUAAAUAAUAAUUAAAUCGAAAAAGGAAAUUUAACACUGUACACUCGGUGGUGGGCUAGCUACAUAGCAAGACUAGUAAAUGCUAUAGACACUGUGCGCCAACACUUUCAAGUUAAAAAAUGUGAUGAGCCAAGAACACUUUGAAGAAUAGUGAAUAUGAAUAGCUCAUAGAAGUCGAUAUGAAUCGUCUUUCUUAUUAUAUAUCGCAUUUUUUGGGAUCCUUUUUGCACGGGGACCUAUCGAAACAAUUGUAAUUAAUUGUAACGUAAAUCCUUGUCAUUGCUUCAUGGAUGGAGUAAAAAAUUGACAAUGGCAAUAGAUUGAUUGAUAUCAAUAUUAAAUUCAAGAGUAGACUUGCUGAUGUUUUAUAGAUUCUGAUUCCUCGCAGGAGAAUCUGCACAGUGUGUUUGAAGAUAUUCCCAUCUUGUAUAGUAAUAUGUCUUACCGGCGUAUGUCCACUUGAGGCACCUAUUAUGAGUCUUUCCCGUUGUCUGCCCUCCACUAUAAAUAAUUUUAUCCCAUCCGAUAUGUAUAGUAUUAUUUUUAAAUUUGCCCAUAUGAAAUACAGAAAAGUUACAUGUAACAGUUUUAUUUAAUACCAUAAACUUGAUACUCUAAAGCAGACCCCUUGAUAGAAUUUGCUCCAGGCUGUGCUCUGGAUUAAUCUGACAUUGUGUAUAUCUAAUCUUGACAUUUUAUUUUACUAGUAAAUUAUUAUAAUAUAAUUACGGAAAUAUGCAAUGUAUUCUAUAUGUAAAUAUGUAUGUACAAUGUAAUUAAAAUUUUAUUAACGGAAGUAUGUAAUUGUUUUUGAUGAGCACGAGUGCAUAAUACACUGUUAAGGUUUUAUUUGUUUACAUUAUUGUGUAAGUUUAAAAAUAUCCAAUUGAUGUAAUUGUUCUUAUCUACUUGGCUAGAUAAAAUGUUAUUUGGUUGUCACUUGAACAGCUCUUGAUGAAUUUUUAAUUAAUAUGUGUUUCGUACCAAUAUAAUUCUGUUUGUUCUCGAAGACGAAAUAGGAUUAAUAAAACUAUAAAUACUCUGUUAAA